CUGAGACUUAUAAGCAUACUGCCAUGACAAGAGUACAAUGAAUCACCAACCACUAUAAAACCCUCUCAAAUCAGAACCUAGCUUUAUAUUCAUCAGAUGUUUUCGUUUGUGCCCGUUGUUCUCCUUGUGGCUAUCAUUGCCCGCACGCAAGCGCUCGAAUGUUACAACGGAGUUGCAACCGGUUAUUCCCCACUGAUAAAACAGCUGUGCCCACCCGAUGCGAAAUAUUGUUAUUCACUACGGCAAAACAAUGUCCCAACCAUAUACGGCUGUGGUAACUCCGCUUUAUGCAAAGGAAAAGGCUGCAGAACACUCGAUUAUCGCACGGUAUGCUGCUGUGCUUCUGAUCUUUGCAACAGAAGCUAAACAAAAGAGAUAUCUACAAUAAGUUGUACCAGUAAUCUCCCAAUUUUGGGCUUUUAUUUUGGGCAGAAUAAAUUUGUUUGCAAU